AUGGAGGCCCCAAAGCCGCUACCGAGUCCACCAAAACACUUAGGGAGCGGCAUCUCCGCCGAAGCACAGCUCAAGCGUCGCUCAGCCGCUGAGGAGGACGAGUUCGAGUUUUACCACGAGUUUUCGAGAGGCAGUGUCAAGAGUUUGAUCCACAUCAUUUCACAGGAGCUGAAACGAAAUGCGCUGGACAUCGAGUAUCUCAUGUUGCCGUUUCGUCCGGAGCAGUCCAACGAGAAGCUUUUAAAAUUUCUGAACCGCGUUUUUCCUCUUGGCAAUGGUGUUGCCGUGGCUGACGCAAAGCUCGAUCGGUUGGCACGGUCCACAGAGCCCUGGACGUUGUUUCAAGCGCUCAAAUACAUCUGGUGUCGAAUUCCUGAGGGCCAGGUCGUGACCUGGAGGGCAUAUCGUGCCUUUCGGGCGCGGGAAGAAGCGGAAGGCUUUUCACCCAAAUCGUUCUUAGAGCUUAUGCCACAAUGUCUGUCCUCGCCUGACCACGCUUCUAUAGUCUACGAUUUUUUCGACUUGAUCGUGUCCAUGGCUUCGAAUUCCAAGCGUAACAAGAUGAGUGCCCGCAAAAUAUCCAAGAUGUUCGGUGUGUGGGCGUUUGGCAGGGAAGCGAGCAGCGAGUCGGCUCAAAAUUACGAUUUUGAUCAAAACUCAGAUCCGAAGGAAAAGAAAAGCAGUUCGUUUAAAGAAGGCCUCGAGGUUUGGUUGCCUGCGGCAGACGCUAUGUUUCAUCUGCUUCUAGCAUUCAUACGGAGUUUUGUACCCAAUGACUUAAAAGACGCUAAUAUACCGAUGACUUUAAAAACAAUAUUGUUCAACAAUAACUAUCCUCCAGUGGCUCGGUUGGCGAGCAGCUCAGAAACGCCUCUUACGGUGCCCAUUGUGAGCCUGAAAACCACGAAAUUCUCGAAGAAGCCAUGGCAAUUAAUCGAACGAUGCAAUGAGCUUUUCGACUUUGAAGACCAUGAUGCAUUCGAGGCACGCGAAGAUUACGCUCUUUUGAAGUCCCUUUUCAAGAAGAAACGCAACAUUGAAGCCAUAAGUCAUAAAAUGUCCAACGAAUCUCGAAGACUCAUGAAAGAAAUGUCAACAAAACACUCCACGUUUCAGGCAGGCUGGGCUAUUCAAAAGUGCGUUCCUUCAGAUAACACGUCAGAAGCUCCAGAAGAGCAUCUGCAGGUGAAAAGAGUGGACAUCAAUGAUUACUUCAUUUGGGCGUGGCUCUCGUCCUUGUCACACGAGGAAACUCCGGAAAAAAGGAAACUAUUUGGAAGAUCGCUCAUCAUAGAGUUUGAAUUCGAUGGCUUUAAGAAGUGGAUUGUUUUCGAAGAAAUCGAUGUUAAUUUGGAAUUAAAACAGUUGAAAAAACUAGACUCCCUGGCGGGCUUGAAUUUUGAUGCUUCACCCGUUCCCAAAUCACCACCUGUAGAGAAAAUUCAUACAGUGACACCGGCGUACGAACAGUUUCAGAAAAAUGUGACAGGAAAUAAAGUACCUCCAAAACCAGAACAUAGAUCUUCACCUCUACCGCCGACUCCAAACAAGUUUGACCGAGGACUAGUAAGUCGUGAAAAAGCUACUAAUGAUAUUAGUCUUGCAGCGACUGAAAAGGCAUCUAAGUGGAAUCCUUUGAAGACAAUACGCAAGAUCAGUAGCUCUGCAAGCUCUUCUUCUUCGGCGAGUUCUUCCGCUAUCGGCGAACCAUAUCAUCUUCCUGCAUUGCCGGAGAAAGACACUGUGCUUUCGAAUAAGACACCUGAUGGUGUUCGUGAGAAGAAAUCCAAGCGCCAAGAGUCUAGGAUUUUAAGCCAGUUUAGCAUGCUCAAGCCCGAAAACUAUCAAUUACCCACGGUAGAUCAGGAAGAUUUCAGACUCGAUAUCCCCGACCUCGACGGGUUUCUGGAGCCGGAGCAUACUGAGCGGCUCUCAUCGUCUCCAUUAGCACCUCAUAAACUAGAAGGCCUGCCCCGCUCAAAAGACUGUAUUGAAGAUUUGCAUGAAAUGGUUGACAAGCUGAAUGAUCAAGUAUCGAGGCCAGACCCAGCGCUCGCCCAAUCCGCCACCAGUUUGGCAACCAACGCAGAAACCUUUGAAAGCCUGACGAUGUUUGACAGGUACAAAGGGCAUCCGAAGAAUUCUGUUGAUACGUUGGCAGAGAGCGCGACCUCUAGCGUUGUUCCCCCACUCAUGCUUGGAAACAAUACGGAACAAUAUUCUUCGCCUCCACCGCCUGUUGCAGCGCAAUCUAGCGAUAGUAACGUGAAUUCUUCACAAGGCCCAGCGAAUACCUCUGCGGAGAAUUUUGGUAGCACUUCUCCGAUUGUAUUCCCUGUCGACAAAAAUCAAGAAUCCAAGCUUUUUGAAGAAUCUGCUGUCGCUUCGCCUGUGUCUCCAAACUCUGUUCCUAGGCAUGGUAGACAGCUGGUGGCAGCUAACUCGUCGAGUUUAUCACCUGAAAUGGCUACUCCCCCAUUAGAGAGUUACAUUCAGUAUGAUGAGCAACAUUCUGGCCCCCCAAAUUCCAUUCAUGGCGAAAGGAGGGAAGUACUAGCUCAAGAACACGAUUCCGAAGAGAGCGCUAGAUUUCACACGGGUGAAAAAGACACAAAUCAUUAUAGACAAUCGGUACAUGCUCAAACUCCUUAUUCAUCGAACCCUCUGGUAAUGAAUGAAACAAAACUCCGGCUUUCUAAAAACGAAAUGGCUAAUGACCGACCUGAGCAGCACGCCAUUCACUACAGCGGCCAAGCCUUCCAAGCGAGAGGCCGCGAGACUUCAACAGUUCAGCAAACUUCGGCCAGGCGGCCACCCCAUGUCACGGCAGCAUCAGGCGUCACAAAUUCCAUGCAUGGGGAGCAGCCGCUUUCGCAAGUUGCGUGCCCGACGACUGAAACAAUACCGGCAAUGGAAGAUGUAACUCGACCGCAGAAUGUCCAACCAGCAAAAUUAAGCUUAGACCCAACGCGUCGUGUUCCUCAGUCCCAGUAUAAAGAACCCGAUUUGAGAAGUCCACAGCCUGCGCCAUACUCUACGUUCCAACACCCUGCGAACAAUGCUAAUGUUAGUCCCCAGCACGUUCCAUCAACAGGUUAUCGAAACCAAAUGCAUUCUCCUAAUGGUAACGUUCCUGCGCCAAUUCCACUUCAGAGCCAUCGUCAGUAUCCCCCUGCUGGUAAUGUUCGUGCAUCAGCUCCUCUUCAGCCUCAUCCUCAGCAUUUCCCUGCCAGCAGCAUGCAUGCAACAGCAUAUCCACAAGCUCAACGCCAUCACCCUCAUAGCCCCAUAGCUAAUCAUGGUGCCGUCCCAUUUGCUGCCAAACCGGCGCCAAGGCCUCAUAACCCUUCGCAGAUAUCUCCUACUGUUGGAGGUCCAAGCUAUCCGCCCGCUGGCCAGUAUUAUCCCCCUGCUGGUCAAAACUAUCAACCCGUUGGCCAUGGUUAUUCGCCUGCAGGUCCACAUUAUCCGCCUGUAGGUCCAAAUUAUCCACCGGCCGGCAAAACCUAUCCGCCUGCUGGCAAAAACUAUCCACCUGCUGGCCAAAAUUAUCCACCUGGUAGCCCAAAUUAUCCUCCCGGUGCUUACGCGGGCACUUUCAGUCUAACUGCUCGCAAUCAGGCAAUGUUCUACCCGCCUGUCCAAGCGCCGUAUCCUGCAGGAUUCAACACUGGGCCUCCUGCAACUAAUAAACUACAUGGUGGCUAUACUCGCAAAAAAGAGGAUCGAAAGAAGCUGCACGAUACCAUUAAAAAUGGAGCAUUCGGUCUAUAA